UCUCUAAAUUGCUGUGAACCAUGGCUCAGCUGUACUACAAGAAGGUUAAUUACUCACCAUACAGAGAUCGCAUUCCUCUGCAAAUCGUGAGGGCUGAGACAGAACUCUCUGCAGAGGAGAAGGCCUUCCUCAAUGCAGUGGAGAAGGGGGAUUAUGCCACUGUGAAGCAGGCCCUGCAGGAGGCUGAGAUCUACUACAAUGUGAACAUCAACUGCAUGGAUCCUUUGGGCCGGAGUGCCCUGCUUAUUGCCAUUGAGAAUGAGAACUUGGAAAUCAUGGAGCUACUGCUGAACCACAGCGUGUAUGUAGGUGAUGCAUUACUCUAUGCCAUCCGCAAGGAGGUGGUGGGUGCUGUGGAGCUUCUGCUCAGCUACAGGAAGCCCAGUGGAGAGAAGCAGGUCCCCACACUGAUGAUGGACACCCAGUUCUCUGAGUUCACACCAGACAUCACUCCCAUCAUGUUGGCUGCCCACACCAACAACUAUGAGAUCAUCAAAUUGCUUGUCCAAAAACGAGUCACUAUCCCGCGGCCUCACCAGAUUCGCUGCAACUGUGUGGAAUGUGUGUCCAGUUCAGAGGUAGACAGCCUCCGCCACUCCCGCUCCAGAUUGAACAUCUAUAAGGCUUUAGCAAGCCCAUCACUCAUUGCCUUAUCAAGUGAGGACCCCAUCCUAACUGCAUUCCGCCUGGGCUGGGAGCUCAAGGAGCUCAGCAAGGUGGAGAACGAGUUCAAGGCCGAAUACGAAGAGCUGUCUCAGCAAUGCAAGCUCUUUGCCAAAGACCUGCUGGACCAAGCUCGGAGCUCCCGUGAACUGGAGAUCAUCCUUAACCAUAGGGACGACCACAGUGAAGAGCUUGAUCCCCAAAAGUACCAUGACCUUGCCAAACUGAAAGUGGCAAUCAAAUACCAUCAGAAAGAGUUUGUUGCUCAGCCCAACUGCCAACAGUUGCUUGCCACACUGUGGUACGAUGGCUUCCCUGGAUGGCGGCGGAAACACUGGGUAGUCAAGCUUCUGACCUGUAUGACCAUUGGAUUCCUGUUUCCCAUGCUGUCUAUAGCCUAUCUGAUCUCACCCAGGAGCAACCUUGGGCUGUUCAUCAAGAAACCCUUUAUCAAGUUCAUCUGCCACACAGCAUCCUAUUUGACCUUCCUCUUCAUGCUUCUCUUGGCUUCUCAGCAUAUUGUCAGGACAGACCUCCAUGUGCAGGGGCCUCCUCCAACUGUGGUGGAAUGGAUGAUAUUGCCUUGGGUUCUAGGUUUCAUUUGGGGAGAGAUUAAGGAAAUGUGGGAUGGUGGAUUUACUGAAUACAUCCAUGAUUGGUGGAAUCUGAUGGAUUUUGCAAUGAACUCCCUCUACUUAGCAACUAUUUCCCUGAAAAUUGUGGCCUAUGUCAAGUAUAAUGGUUCUCGUCCAAGGGAGGAAUGGGAAAUGUGGCACCCGACUUUGAUUGCAGAGGCACUCUUCGCUAUAUCCAACAUUUUAAGUUCCUUGCGUCUCAUAUCCCUGUUCACAGCCAACUCUCAUUUAGGGCCUCUGCAAAUCUCUUUGGGACGCAUGCUGCUUGAUAUCCUCAAAUUCCUCUUUAUCUACUGCCUGGUACUGCUGGCUUUUGCCAACGGACUGAACCAGCUUUACUUUUAUUAUGAGACCAGAGCUAUCGAUGAGCCUAACAACUGCAAGGGGAUCCGGUGUGAGAAACAGAACAAUGCCUUCUCCACGCUCUUUGAAACCCUCCAGUCACUCUUUUGGUCUGUAUUUGGCCUUCUAAAUCUCUAUGUCACCAAUGUGAAAGCGAGACAUGAGUUCACUGAGUUUGUGGGAGCUACGAUGUUUGGGACAUACAAUGUCAUCUCCCUGGUGGUGCUGCUGAACAUGCUGAUUGCCAUGAUGAACAACUCCUACCAGCUCAUUGCAGAUCAUGCUGACAUUGAGUGGAAAUUUGCAAGGACGAAGCUCUGGAUGAGUUACUUUGAUGAAGGAGGCACCUUGCCACCUCCUUUCAACAUCAUCCCCAGCCCCAAAUCAUUUCUCUAUCUUGGUAGCUGGUUCAACAAUACUUUCUGCCCUAAAAGAGAUCCUGAUGGUAGAAGGAGAAGACACAACUUGAGAAGCUUCACAGAGCGUCACGCUGACAGCCUCAUACAAAACCAACACUAUCAGGAAGUUAUCAGGAAUUUAGUCAAAAGAUAUGUGGCUGCUAUGAUAAGAAAUUCCAAAACAAAUGAGGGGUUAACAGAAGAAAAUUUCAAGGAAUUAAAGCAGGACAUUUCCAGUUUUCGCUAUGAAGUGCUUGACCUUUUAGGAAACAGAAAACACUCAAGGAGAAGCUUUUCCGCUAGCAGCACUGACCUCUCUCAGAAGGAUGACACCAAUGAUGGCAGUAGUGGAGCUCGGGCCAAAUCCAAGAGUGUCUCUUUCAAUUUAGGCUGCAAGAAAAAGGCCUGCCAUGGGCCGCCUCUCAUCAGAACCAUGCCAAGAGCCAGUGGUACCCAAGGGAAGUCAAAAGCUGAGUCAUCAAGCAAACGCUCCUUCAUGGGUCCUUCCCUCAAGAAACUGGGUCUUCUAUUCUCCAAGUUUAAUGGUCAUAUGUCUGAACCCAGUUCAGAGCCAAUGUACACAAUUUCUGAUGGAAUCGUUCAGCAGCACUAUAUGUGGCAGGACAUCAGGUAUUCUCAGAUGGAGAAAGGGAAAUCAGAGGCCUGUUCUCAAAGUGAAAUUAACCUCAGUGAGGUAGAAUUAGAUGAAGUCCGGGGCGCUGCUCAGAGCAGUGAAUGCCCUCUAGCCUGUUCCAGCUCUCUUCACUGUGCAUCCAGCAUUUGUUCCUCAAAUUCUAAACUUUUAGACUCCUCAGAGGAUGUAUUUGAAACUUGGGGAGAGGCUUGUGACUUACUUAUGCACAAAUGGGGUGAUGGACAGGAAGAACAAGUUACAACUCGGCUCUAAGUCAAGUCCCUAACACCUGUCCUGGAACUCAAGAAAAAAUUUGUAAUUUCCUUGCUCUCAGAGGUGACAUAGAGUAUAAAUCCCUCACUGCCCCUUAGGAGAGUAAAACUCCUAUCAUUUUCACAGUCUUUUAUAGCUACAUUCUACAUUUUUGUUCUUAUUUAUAUUAUUAUUUGCCUUUUUAUAAUCAUAAACACUAUGUCCAUCUCAUGACAACUGAAGUGGUAUUGACUCUAAUCAUCAGAGGUGCAGUCGGGUGCUUAACCCUUUUGCUUUGCUUUGCUUUACCUACCCUUGCUUCUUUGAAGCUCCAGGUGCCACUUUGGUAUUGUUGCUGCCACACAGAUUCCUGACCUCCCUCAGGAUCUCACGCCAUGUCCCCAUAGGGCUGAGAGAUGUGGUCAGCAGUCCCCACCAGCUAUCAGAUAAGGCAAACAAACCUGCCUAUCAUUGUUGCCCUUCAGUGCUACACGCUGCCCAUGCUGGUUCAAUGAACAGCAUUAACAGGGAGGCUACUCAGACUCCAAAAACUUGUCAGCUUGUGAUUUCUAGGUAUAACUGGCCUUUUUGUUUUGUUUUACAACACUACAACUUCUUAUUGUGGAGGCUGAGUAUUUUUGUUUCUUAAAGAUGUAUUUCUUAAUGUGUGCCAAUGAGAUAUUUUCCCUAUAGUAUAUUGUCAUAUCUAAUAAGUUAGAUAAAUUCCUUUCCUGUUUCUGUAUUUCAGUUAACUUACUACAUUUUAAAAUUUGAUAGUAUUGAAAUUAGUAUUUAGGAUGUGUACUGUUUUUUAAAACUUCUACUGCACUCUAUAACCAAUACUCACUACAUCUCAUACAUCGGCAAGUAAAAGCAAUUAGCUGGUACAUUUAUAGAGUCCUAUCUACUGUUGAUAGUUUUAAUCAUCAUUGCUUUUGAAACAUUUGCAAGACAAAAGACUGGAUUUGAAAUAUUUUAUCAGAAAAAUGACAUCUUGCUGAGGUAUUGAAAUCUAAGAAAAAAAAAGAGCAUGCUCAUUUUAAUUGACUUCUGGAAAAAAUCACAAUUUUGCAGUUUAGAUAAUUCAGACUGAAAUUUUAAUAUUCAAUGGGGUAAGCAAAAUUGCCUGUAUAAAUUUAUGUUAGAUAUGUAACAGAGCAACCCUAGUGAACUCAUGGGACUAUGUGAUCCAAAAUGUACUAUCUCCAAAGAAAUCUGUAUUUAUACAUCCAAAUUAUUUUCAACAUCUUCACUGGAAUACAAAGGUUCAAGUUAAAAAAUGAAGGCACAAUGCACAUGGUCAUCACUUUAGACCGGAUACCCAUGAAAAAAUAAUCUGAGAAAGACUGGUUUUUAUCAAUAUUAGCAAGUUUCAUCUGUGAAUACUCUAACAUGAGCUGAAGCACCCCUAAUUCCAGCUCAUGAAGGUUAAAUUAGAAACACAUAGCUCAGAAAAAAAGGGUGUUUCCCUGUUUCUUUUAAAUUCCAUCAAUGGAACUCCAGCUA